AGGUCAAGGCGAUCCUUAGCCUUCCGCAUGCAAGGUACAGCAAGUGGAGUGUAUGUGUCUCCCUUGUUACCUUCCUUCCGUACGGCAUGUGGAUAGCUGUUUCUCAAGAAGCACUUGGAAUAUGCAUAAGCGAGGGCAUCAAAGGCACGACCGUCGAAGAUAUCGCAGCCUACCUUGACAGCCGCAUCGCUAUCCCGCCGCUUCUGAGCCUCUACCUCCGUAGAACGUGGAGGCUGCGUAAUACUUUUCUAGGCUUUCGUGGCGUUUGUGGUCGCCUUCACCAGCCAAGCUGGCAGCUCACAGAGCCAUCGUCGACGACAUUGUCGACGUCCUCUUUGGCUGCGGGUGCCAGUGCAAUGAUGAAUGUUGCUGCGCAAUUUCCAAACUCUCGAAUGGAGCGGCCAGUGUGCGCAAGCAGUCUAUAUGGUCACUAAUGUCUUCACUCUGAAUAUGGUGUCAAGUUGCUAUGCUCCAAUGCCUCAGCUUCAGCUCGGCUGCAGAUGGAUGGGUGAUCGCAGUGCUGAGGACGAGGUCUCGACGAAACUUCCCAGACUCGAGGGACGUAGCUAGCCGUAGAUGCAUC